GACCAAUAAGCAAACAUAUUUUUAAAAUGGGGCCCAAUUUAUAAUUUUGAUACUCCGUAAGUUUUAAUGUUUAGAGGGCCGGAUGUGGGGACAUCGUGGAUUGCAAACAACGCGGGGUUCGGCCACUUCUUUGAUCGAUGGAUUUGGACAGAGGGCUCGCAAUUUCGAUCGGAAUUGGGCACGAAGACAGACGAAUCUGGGACGGAGUACUUCUUCGACGCUGGGUGGUUCUCCGAUUGCGACAUCAGCGGUGGACAAAAGCUCCUGGUGGCGAAGCAGAGCCAAACCUCCGACGAACCCUAGUUUUCGUCGGAUAGUCGUGAACGAGGGCUGAUCCGGUCUUUUUUAUGGUUGGUUAUACAUAAGAUCUUCAUUGUGGUAAUUGUACAUAUAUAAAUUGUUUUUAGGGAAUCUACUGGGGUUGCUAUUGUUAUAAACUGUUUUGAGGUUUAAGAGUGUAAAAGAUUUGAAUUUCAGCAGGUUAUUCACUAGGGUUCAUCUCCAAUUUGCUGUGCAGUGUUGUGUUCAUCAGAUUCUUCACGGGCAUUUCCACUAUGUUGAAGGAGUUACAUAGGACUCAUUAUCCAAGUAUGUUGCUUCACUCAGCUCAGAUAGAUCAUGUCGCAUUUACAUAAACAAGCCAUCGAGAACCAAAGGAGUCGAGAAGAUGAAUUUUGUUUGUCACCAUGCUGUGGCCAAGAUAGACGCGGGGACAGUAGACGAAUCUAAGGCUGUUAGAAGUCAUCUUUUUUUUGAUGAGACACUGCCAUCAUUCUUCCCAAGAUUGUCUUGGUCACCUGAUGGAUCAUUUUUAGUUCAUUAUAUAGUUUAAAGUUGUGCCACCGAGGAUGAGUGUAAGGUAAAUUUGGUGCAAAAUUUAUAAUUAUGUUAUCAUGUGCUUAUAUAUUUUUUUUUGCAUAGAGUUCAACGGCUAAUCAAUCUGAAAUCAAUGACAUUACAAUUGAUGGUAAUACAAUCACUGAGAAAAGUCAUGAUGAGGAUCGAUGGAACAAAGAUGAUGAAGCUGAGGGCAGUGAACUUGAAGAUGUAAACAGUGACGAGCAUUAAAGCUUUGGACUAUAUCUUCCAUAUCAAUGCGUAUUUUAAUUUUGUUCAAUUCACUUUGACUGUUUAUACGUUAGCUUGAAACGUACCCAAAUGAUGAACUAAUUUUGAGGUGUUGGUUUACUUUCCAGUAAAUGGGUUAGUUGUAACCCUUU